ACUUCUCGACACGCCUUUGUCGCUUCUUCUCUCUCCUUUUGCCUCUUUUCCUCUGCAAAAUUCUCCAUUUUUGUUUUUCCUUUGAGCUUCAUCCUCUUCGUGUUGUCCCUAUAAACACUCGGGCAAACAUUCCAACCAUCUUCUUUGGCGCUUCAUCAACUGAUUUCACAGACCCUUUUUUUUUUUUUACAGAAUUCUAAUUUCAGACAGUCCAAAGUCUGUCCAAACCAACAAAAACGUGGACCCUAUUUUACUGUUUGUCUUCUUCUUCUUACAAGAAUAUAUCAACCCCUCUUCUCUGCUGUUGGUGUCCUCCACAUUUCUUCUCUAAAACCCUCUUUAAUUUCUUCUCGUUUUCUUUGACAAAACCGAGAGAGAAUCUUGUUUCCGGGGGGUGUUUUCUGGAUAGUUUUGUUUUGUUUUUUUACUUAUUCCCCCUUUGGCAAUGGAAGCUUGUUCUGAUCUUGAGGUCUAUAUCAAUGGAGAAGAAACUAUCUUUCUCAAUAAGGACAUCAUCGGUGCGUAUUCUGGAAAGUUCAUGAAAUUGCUGGGGAAAUCCAACUGUUCUGAAAGAAAUCUCAAGGUGGUGUUCAACGAGUUUCCCGGUGGCGCAGAAAUUUUCGAGCUUGUCUCGAGAUUCUGCUACAACAAUGGCCAAUUCAGCGUUACACCGUCCAACGCUGUCAACUUGCAUUGUGCUGCUAAGUUCAUGGAAGUCCCCAGCUUGUUGAAACUGACAGAAAAAUCAAUGGAAGAAACGCAGGACUGGACAUGGCCGGAGCUUCUAGCCGCUCUGAGGCAGUGUCAAGAUCUAGAAACAUCACCAGAAAUCGAAUCUUUAGCUGCCAAGUUCAUGGAAUCUCUCGUCGAGAAACUGAAUUUGACGACCGAAGCAGCAAGUCCCUCUACCACUUCUGCUUGUUCUCCAGACAGCAGCCUGUAUCGGUUUUCCUGUGACAGUAAAAGCACAGAGAGUUUCAAGAACAGCUCCAUUCGUGGAACAUGGUGGUUCGACGAGCUUCUGGUUUUAGGUCCCGACCUAUUUGAAACUCUGAUGAAGCUGAUGCUUUCCCGUAAACUCGAUCACCUCAUCAUAAGUAGGUUCUUGUUUCAUUACCAAAAGUCGAAGUUCUGUUCUGUCACGUCAGAGGAGAAACGCAAGAUUCUAGAAACUGCCAUCGAUACCCUUUACGUCCUAGAUCGAAACUGUGCAUCUUGCAAGAGCCUAUUCAGGGUUCUCCGCAUUGCCCUCGGAUUGAACAUUAGUAAAAGCAGCAUGAACAAGCUGGCGAAUAUGAUCGGUCACCAGCUGGAUCAAGCGACGCUGGAUAAUCUUCUCAUUGCAUCUCCUUACAGGUCGAAUUACUUGUAUGACGUGAAUCUCGUUCUUAGGUUCGUGAAGGCAUUUCUAGAAAGUUCCGCGGGAGGAUUUCAACAGCAGACAGAUCGGUUGAAGAAGGUCUCGGGUUUGAUUGAUCUGUACAUUGCUGAAGUAGCACCUGAUCCAUGCCUGAAACCUUCGAAGUUUCUUGCUCUCAUCACAGCCAUACCGGACUCCGCCCGCGAAUCUCACGACGAAAUCUAUUGUGCCCUCGAUAUAUACCUCAAGGCUCACACAGGGUUAACCGAAGGCGAAAAGCUCGAUAUUUUCCGAACGUUGAGCUACACGAAGCUCUCGGGCGAAUCCGGAACAAAUAUUUCACGAAAUGCAAAGUUCCACCCAGCUGAAGCGUAUAUACUUCAGAAACCGAAGCUAGAAACGUUUGCAGGUCGCUCACAGGACGAACAAAUCAUCCUCCGGAUAGAAAAGGUGGAGAUUUCCGACGAGAACGAGAAGCUGAAGGAACAUUUACAAGGGAUUCAAUGGAGAGUGAUGGAACUGGAGAGAGCUUGUCGGAAAAUGCAGAAUCAGAUGGAAAUUAUCAAGAAGAGAUCCAGAAGUGCCAUUAGAGGAAACCCAAGAUCGCUUCCAAAGCUCUGUUCUUGAUUGUUUCAUUUCAUGGAACUCAGGUUUGUUUGCGUAAACAUAUUUUGUACAGAAAGAGCACUGAAGAAGUAUUUUUCGAUUCUUUCUUCCCUUUUGUUACGUAAACGUAUUUUGUUUUUAUCUAAAAUGUAAUAUUCAAGUAAUGUAUUAAAAGAAGUCGACCAAAGAACACAAAACAUAGUUUCAGAAAAUUAGAAAAUCAUGUUUGGUUUAGAAUCCGGUUUAGUCUGGAUUAGUUUGGUUUACAUG